CCGGCACUUACUACAGACGUCUGUGAUCAGUUUUAUUUCUUCGCCUAAAAGGUUCAGAAAACUUGGGACAAAAUGGCCUGGCUUUAUUUUUUGUUGUUGCACGUUUUCCAAACCAUCCAUGCACAGACGGCAACCAGAUUCCAGAACCCAUGGAUUAAUGUUGUCAGAAGACACGCUUGUUCUAUAGUGGAGUGCAAUAUAGGGGAAACGUGUGACUUGUCUUACGAGAACUGUCGUCCUUCUGGGCCUUGCCUGCUAAAACAACCCACCUGUGUCUCAGCAUUUAACUCCGCUAGACCAGGACUUUGUCCCAGUCCAGCACAUAGUAUUCUUCCGCGUUUUACCCUGGACUGCUUUGAUGACCCUGGGUGCUCAGCUGCCAGAUCUGAAAUUUGUUGCCAUAGUUACUACGGAAGUUACUGCUGGGAUACAAGAAGACAACGAACCGGAAGGUCUCUUAUACCACGAAUAGCGGAAACACUCCCCGGUCCAACCAGACGGAGGGCCAGAAAUGGCUAGCAUCAAAUCUGACGUCAUUCGCCUUCCCUUAACUUACACUAACACCAAGUGUUAAUUCAGAAUUGUGGUUUUUUUUGUUCAUGUAUUCACCCAUACUAGCUUUGCAUGCUUCUAUUUCUCAUUGUCGUCGAUAAGACGAUAGGAUGUAGACACAAAUGACAAUUAGUAAAAAUGAAAAGGGUAGUCAGAAUGAAAUUUUGAAUACCCGCAGACUGUGUAUGUUUGUAAAUUAGACUUGCUUGAUAGUAGCUUACACCUUAGUACUAAUAGUUUUUUGAACGAAGUUCACUUGUUUUCUCAAGUUUUCCAAAAUGUAGGCAAGUUAGUAACCGGGGUCCCUCCCUCAAACUCCAAAAUUUUAAGAGACACCCGGGAAGCCCCGUGUAUCUUGUAAAAUAAAAAGAAAUUAAGGAAUAAGUUUUUAAAAAACCGGUCAAUAACAAGCAUAUGUUACAGGGCGUUUCCCCCAUUAUACAGCUGCAGGUGUUUUUUUUUGUAAACGCCUUCUCUUCAUGAUCAGCUGAUACCAACUCUGUGGAAAACACACAUUUACAUGAAAUAGACGCAUUCUGUCAAAAAUGAAUGGAACGGUUCAAAGAUUGAAAAAUUAGAACCAAGGAGUCAGAUUUAUAACAUGCGUCGGGGUGGUGAAACAAAGCAGAUAAUGGGAGAAA